AUGAAAACCCUUUACAGCAUGUACCUCGUUCCAGCGUUGUUCGCUGCUUCGGUCGUUGUCAACGCACAGUCGGCACCUAACUUUCCCGUCCAAGUCCAGACAAACCUCAGGGUAGAAUAUCAAUCGACGAACACAGACGUCAAUCCGGCCGGCACCACUUUACAACAACAGGAUCUCCUCGAUGAGCCUACCGUCCAAGGCCCGAAAGACUCAACCAGGACGUUGACAUUUUUGCUUUUCAUGAUUGACCAAGACGCCUCCAAUGGUUCAGGCCAACGGGUCCAGUUGCUGCAUUUCUUCCAGCCCAAUCUCUCCGGCGGUUCUGAGGUGCUAUUCGCCGACAAGGACGCGGCGAAUGCCACCGAGGCAGCGAGCGUGAGCUACCUCCCUCCUACACCGCCGACAGGCGACGGUGCACAUAGGUACACUCUAUUACUGUACCCGCAGCCCAAAGGGUUCGAGAUUCCCACCAAGUUCUCAUCGUUCUUCCCGCCCCAAAGCACCUCGAAUAGGAUAGGGUUCGAUAUUGCCGGGUUCGCGAACGCUGCCGGGCUGGGUGAUCCAGUGGCUGCGAAUUGGUUCAAAGUGCAGAAUGGCGACAGCGUGGCGACGACGUCGACGUCGACGUCGGCUUCAAGCAUCAUUGUCUCGACUUCAGCGUCAGUCGCAACGUCAGAAACAACCAGCAGCGUCGACGUCACGUCCGCAGAGAGCAUAGCCUCUACAUUGACCUUCACCACAGCGCCAGCAUCGGAAUCUGCGUUUCCCCCUGCAUCUACCGACAGCGCAGCCGCCACCUCGGGAGAAACAAGCACUCCCAGCAUCGAAACAUUUACCAUCGCAGCCUCAACGACCACAGACUCCACCUUCGGCUCGGCAAGUACAGAAUCAGCGGGGUCAACACUUUCCACGGCUGCUGCGCCAUCAGCAAUGACAGCGUCGUCCGGGUCCAGCGCUAGCGCCAGCGCCAGUGCAAGUUUGGGUUCCGCCAGUGGUUCAGCGGGUGCUCGGACUUUGGCGCCGAGGAGUCUGGGCUCUUUAGUUGCUGGCAUUAUGGUGGCAGUCGUAGCCGGUACAGGAAUGGCCGUGUGGUAG